UUCUUCACAGCGCGUGCUUUAGGGCGUAAUUAUACCAACAGGAUGUAUAGGAGCAACGCGCUCAAGUGUAAACCGGUUUCUUUAAUCUGGAAUCAUCCGAUUUCAGUCAGCUUUGCUAAAAAAAAAAGGGAUGCGGAGGGUCCUGAUGAGAUGAAAGUCUGUCACGCCAGCCGUCUCUCACGCACAGUCGGCGCAGUGAGGAAUACUAAUCAACCUGUUUGCCGUCAAGCGCGGCAGCGCGCGGUGCGCAACUUUCCCGUUCAGUGUUAAAAUCUCCAUCUCGUGCAGGUUUUUUUUUUUUUUGCGGCGCAUCCACCCCUGAGGGAUACUUCAGUCUCCACGCGUGUGUUCUCGUGUGUUAGACGGGCUGGGUGGGGGGGAAAGAUCGGAUCUGUGCGGAGGCAGCUGCCUGCAGCGAGGGAAGCCCCCCACGCGUUGCGCGCCUGGAUCGCCGGGGAGUACUAGUACACGGCGCGCGCGCGCAGUGCGCGUCAAAAAAAAAAAAAAAAAGCCCCGGGCUCCGUCCUCAACAGUUGCCACCGGAGCGACGGAGAGCAGAGGAGGAGGAGGAGGAGGAGGAGGGAGGCUGCAGACUGAGGACGGACGCGGAGCCGCACGCACGCCGCUCUGCCCCGGCUCUGCUCCUGACAUGCAGUCGCUCAUCUCCCCGGUGACCAAGGCCAUCCUCGUUGCGCUCUUCAUCUUCGCCAUCCUCCUGAUUCUCUAUGUGAUCCUCUGGUACAUUUGCAGAGACGUGGAUUGCGACCACGGCAUUUGAGGAUCCCGGAAGGGGAUAUACCACAACCAAAUGGGGCGCGCAGAGACCCGUCUCACCCUUGAUGCCCAGACAAGAUGGCAGGGUUGCCAUAGUGACAGGAGGCGGCAGGGGAAUCGGCUAUGAGGUAGUCCGCCACUUGGCCAGACUGGGGGCUCAUGUUAUCAUUGGUGGGAGGGAUGAGCAGGAGGGUCUCACUGCUAUCCAGAGGAUUUGUGAAGAGUACAAGGAAGCCAAAGUGGAGUUCAGGAAAUUGGACCUUGCUUCUCUGCAGUCUGUCCGUCAGUUUGCCCAGAGCUUCAAGGAGAGGGAUCUGCCACUAAAUAUUUUGGUAAACAAUGCGGCUGUCAUGCUCGUACCUGAGGGGCGGACAGAAGAUGGAUUUGAGCAGCACUUCGGUGUGAACUACCUAGGCCACUUUCUGUUGACCUGGCUUCUCUUGGAUACACUGAAGGAAUCUGGGAGGUGUGGUCCUGUCUCUUCUGUGGUCAACGUUACAUCCUCAGCUCAUUGCAUCGGGGAGAUCAUACUGAAUGACCUAAACUGCUGCAAACAUUAUUCGGCUCAUGCUGCAUAUUGCAACAGUAAGCUGGCCCAGCUGUUUUUCAGUACCCACUUUCAUCAGGAGAUGCAGCAUGGACGUGUUCCAGUAGUUUCAUGCGCUGUGGAUCCUGGCAUGGUGGACACUGCUCUAUAUUGCCAUCUCUGGAAGCCUCUCCGUAUGGCACAAAGUCUAAUCGCUCGCUUGCUUUUUAGGACUCCUGUAGAGGGCGCUGCCACUGUGUUGUUGGCUGCUCUCUCACCAGCCCUGGAUGGAGACUGCGGAGGAGGCUACUGGGCCAACGGGCACAGGGAGGUGACGACACGACCAUCGUUUGACCCCCAGCUUCAGCUCAGCUUAUGGAAAAUCAGCAUUCAGUUGCUGGGCUUACAGUAGUGGAGGCUUUUAAGAUGACUAAUAAGAAUAAACUCAUUUGAAAACGUCACCUAAAGGCUCCAAACUUGGGACCAUUUUCCUCUAUACCUUUUAUUUUUUUCAUCUAUAUCUCGCAACAGCCUGUUGUACUGGACUAUGAUUGGCUGUAUUGGUUAUGAAGGACUAGUCUUUGUUCUAGAAAUUGCAAUGAAGGGCUACAGGGGAAUGGAAGGGAAGGUAUUCGUAUUUUUGUUUCUCACUGUGAACAAGCAAACAAUAUUCAAGUAAUAUAAGCAAACAGUAAUGCAAAAUAUGCUGUCACAAAACCCCAGGAGUUGUGGGUCCCCCUUCCCAUGGGCUCACCACCUGUGGGAGGGGGCGAAGGGGUCGGGUGCAGUGUGUGAUGGGUAGUGGUCAAAGGCAGGGACCUAGGCAGACUGAUCCUCAGCUACAGAAGCUGGCUCUAGGGACAUGAAAUGUCACCUCUCUAGUGGAGAAAAACCCUGAGCUGGUGCGUGAGGUUGAAAGGUUCCAGCUAGAUAUAGUUGGACUCACCUUGAUGCAUGGCUCUGGCUCUGGAACCAGUAUUAUAGACAGGAGUUGAACACACUUUUACUCUGGAUUUUCUCCUGCUGAGAGACUCCGAGCAGGAGUGGGCAUACUUUUUGUCCCCCAUCUUGGUGCCUGUACAUUGGGCUCACCUUGGUGAACAAGAGGGUAGCCUCCCUCAGCCUACGUGGUGGUGGGGUGGGGYAAUGGGGGUUCUGGCUGUCAUUUGUGCUUAUUUGCCUAACAGCAGUUCAGACUACACACUCUUUUUGGAGUCUUUGGAGGGGUGCUGGAGAGUGCUCCUCAUAGGGACUCCCUUCUUUCUGCUGGGGGACUUCAAUGCUCACAUGGGCAUGACAGUGAAACCCUGAGGAGUGUGGUUGGGAGGAUUGCACCCCUCGAUCUGAACCCGAGUGAUGUUUUGUUAUUGGACUUCAAUGCUCCCCAUGGGUUGUCCAUAAUGAACAAACAUAAGCGUGUAUGUGCUCUUGACACCAGUACACCUUAGGCUGAAGUUUGAUGACUGACUUUGUUGUCAUCUCAUUUGAUCUACAGCUGCAUGUCUUGGACAUUUGGGUGAAGAGCGGGAUAGAGCUAUCAACUGACCCACAUGUGGUGGUUAGUUGACUCAGAUGGUGGAGGAGUAUGCCAGUCAGACCUAGCAGGCACAAACCUAUUUUGAAGGUCUGCUGGGAAUGUCUAGCAGAGUCUCCCGUCAGACUGAGCUUCAACUCCCACUUCCAGGAGAGCUUUUAACACAUUUGUGGGGAGGUGGGGUAUUUUGAGUCUGAAUGGGCCAUGUUCCGUGCCUCCAUUGUUGAUGCUUUAGUGGAGCUGUGGCUGCAAGGUUGUCAGUGCCCGUCAUAGUAGCAACUGUCGAACGCGCUGGUGGACACCAACAGUGAGGGAUGCUGUCAGGCUGAAGAAAGAGUCCUAUCGGGUAUUUUUGGCCUGUGGAACCUUGGAAACAGCUGAUUGGUACUGGCAGUCCAAGUGGAUUGCAGCUCAGUGGUUGCUGAGUCAAAAACUUGGGCAUGGGAGGAGUAUGGAGAGGUCACGGAGAACAACUUCUGUGUGGCUUUGGUGCAAUUCUUGUUGAGGGAGUAGUUCACCACCAACACUGUUUAUGGUGGGGAUAGUGUACUACUGACCCAGACUUUGGACAUUCUAGGUUGGUGAGCAGAAUAUUUCAAAGACCUCCUCAAUUCUACCAGCAUCUCUCCCAAUGCAGAAAACUUUAGACUUUGGCUUGGACUCUCUCUCUCUCUCUCUGGUGCUGAGGUCACCGAGGUGUUUAAAAAGCUCCUCCGUGGCAAUGCCCCAGGGGUGGAUGAGAUUCACCCAGAGUUACUUAAGGCUGUGGAUGUUGUGGUGUUGUGUUGGUUGACACAACUCUGCAAUAUUGCAUGGACAUCAGGUUUAUUACUCCUGGACUGGCKGACCAUGGUGUUGGUCCCCCAAUUUAAAAUAGGGGACAGUGUUCUAACUACAGGGGGAUCACACUCUUAAGCCUCCCUGGAAAGGUCUAUUCAGGGGUCCUGGAGAGAAGGGUCUGUUGGAUAGAUGAAUCUCGGAUUCAUGAAGAUCAGUGUGGUUUUUUUCCUGGUCAUGGAACACUGGACCAACUCUACACCCUGAGCAGUGUCCUGAAUGGUGCAUGGAAGUUCCCUCAAUCAAUCUACAUGUGUUUUGUGGACUUGGAAAAGGUUUCCAACCAUGUAUUUCGGGGAGUCCUGUGUGUGUGUGUGUGUGUGUGUGGGGGGGGGGGGUACUUAGUAAGUUUGGGGUACCAGGCCCUUUUAUACGGGCUGUUUGGUUCCUGUCCGGUGCCAAAGCUUGGUCUGCAUUGCUGGGAGUAAGUUGGGGCCAUUUCUAGUUUCUUUGUUCAUAACCUUUAUGGACAAAAUUUCUAGGUGCAGCCAAGGUGUUGAGGUGAUCCAUUUUGGUGGUCUUAGGAUUGUGUCUCUGCAUUUUGGAAAUAAUGUCCAGAUAAGUGUGAAGUGGCCGGGAUGAGGAUCAGUACCUCCAAAUCCGAGACCAUUGUCUUGAGCUAGAAAAGGACAGAGUGCCUUCCCCAGGUUGGGGAAGAGGUGCUGCUUCAACACAUCAACAGGAGCCAGUUGAGGUGACUUGGACAUCUGGUUGGGAUUCCUCCUGGACGCCUCCCUGGUGASGUGUUCUGGGCACGUCCCACUGGGAGAAGACCCAGGAAAUGCUGGAGGGAGAAUGUUUCUCGGCUGGCCUGGGAACAACCUGGGAUUCUCCCAGAGGAACUGGCCCUAAUGGCUGGGGAGAGGGAAGUCUGGGCCUCUCUGCUUAGGCUGUUGCCCCUGUGACCCGACCCUGGAUAAGUAGAAGAUAAUGGAUGGAUGGAUGGAUGGAAACCCCAUUCCUAGAUUACAGCAGCUGGAAGAUGGAUGAAGCAGCUGCACAGUAGUCAUAAAUCAGACAUACUUUAUUUUUGUAAUUUGUCUGAUUUUUUGAUCACAGCAAAAUCCCAAGUUCAGUCAGCAUAUUUGUGCCACACACAACUCAACAAUUACUAAAUUUUGUAAAAAGGAUGUUUACAGGAAGCAAUAAAUUGACGAGCUAUCCAAAUUUAGUUUGUAUAUGUGGAAUAAAUAGUUCUAAUUUGAAAAUUAAUAUUUAAUUUACAUAAAAAAAGAAAAAAGUAWCACCAAAACAAUACAAUCCAGUUCAUCUUACUGCUGCAGGGGAUUAUGACGUGUUCAGCUCUUUUGCGACACAUUACUUAAUAAUUUCUUAAACAGUCUCGCCAUACUGCCUGUUUUACUGAGCACUUUAUUUUCUCUUUCUUAUUCUUUAUGUGGUUGCUGCCAAAUCCUUGUGCUAACGGCUGGUAGUAGCUGACAAUGUGAAUUAACUGUGCUCAUCAAGUUUUGAUGAGUUAUAAAGACAUUCCAUAAGACCUAUUUGAAGAUCUAGGAAGACAUAUUGCCUCUACAAUUAGGUUUAAAUUUAGAAAAAGUCUGCAUGAGAGUGGUGUAACAUUUGGUUUUGAUUUUGGAUUCUUCAGAUGGCUUCUAUUGGCUCAGAAACAAAAUAAAUGUUUUUUCUUUCUUUA